AUGCAAACCCAUCCUCUUCAACAAGCCAGAGAGACCAAUGUAUGGUAUCCAUUUGAUGGGCUGGGUGAAUGGUUGCUUGCAAAAUUUCUUGUUGAGAACCUUUCUCAGAUGCAGAUCAACAAAUUCCUCAAGUUAGAUUGGACAAGAGAGCAGCCACAAUUCAAGUCGAAGGAUGAGUUAUUCUUUUACAUGCAGCAGCUUCCUGGCCGCAGGCCAAAAUGGCAGUGUAUGAAGCUUAAGCUCAAGGGCUAUGAAAGUGAACAGCCAAUUCACCUGAUUUGGAGGGAUGGGUUGGAGGUUACAAAGCAGCUUUUCACAAAUCCUGUCUACACAAAUCAUAUGUGCUAUGACCCUCACUAUAUCUAUCAAGGACAAGAGCACCAAUUCAGAGAAUUCUGGACAUCAGAUGAUGCAUGGGAGAUCCAGGUAAGGGUGACUAUCAUUCCAAUCAUCACUGCUUCUGACAAGACUCCAGUUACAAAACAUAUGGGUGGCCUUGAGAUGCACCCAUUAUUUCUCACCAUCAGAAAUAUCCAAGGCAACAUCCACAUGAAGGCGAUGUUGCAUGCAUGGCAAUGUACUGCAUUCAUGCUGAUACCAACUUUUAUCAUGAACUCCAACUUCCAAACUCUACUCUGGUUGCAUUUGUGGCACAAAUGCAUGGAUCUUGUCUGUUCCAAUUUGAAGGUCACAGCUCAUGUUGCUAGACUCCAUAUCACUGAUCUUCCCGAACAAUUAAUGACCGCAUGCAUCACAAAAAACUCAUCUCCUGUCACCACAGUGACCCAGAAAGAGUUUGGUGAUGAAACACUGCAUCCUCCAUGGAAUGGAAUCAAUACCUACACACUUAUCCAACAACUUUGCACCCAUGUUGACCCUUGGGAUCUUGUUGUAUUCCUUAGAGAGGCUAAAAAACUUUGUCUCAGCAGGGUGCACUUGCCAUACUGGAGAAACUGGAGGCGCUCUAAUCCUGCUAGAUUCCUGACACCAGAGAUUCUGCAUGCACUGCAUAAGUUCUUUUUCAAUCAUUUCAAGAGUCACCACAAGCACACUGGAGUGUGCCAUUUCUCUGGUGGUGUCUCUCAUGUCAACCAAAUGACAGGACAAGAGCACUGGGAUAUUCAGUGCACAAUUGUGCUGAUGCUGUGGGGUAUGGCAAGUCCUGGCUUCACCCACGCUGGAAAGAGCAGUGCCAAGGAUGAUUUCUUCAUUCCAAAAUUGGAGCUCAUGCAAAGUUUCGCUCAUGCAAUCUCCCAUGUUGGUUUACUUAUGCAGUGGAUGGCAGACAUGUCGGAAUGUCUUUUAAUAACUCACUGUAAACAUCCAUUUGAAUGCACAAGCUGUCAGAGAGACUUCAUCCUCCAGAUCGCCCACAUCCUCAAUCGGGAGGAAACUAUCCGACUAUUCGAUCUUUACACAUUGUUGUCCUCCUCCUUGUCUAUGCCUGGUCAGGAUCCUCUCAUCAAUGCCAUCAUCAUGGAAGAUGAAGAGGUCGCUAGUACAGAGACAGAUCCUGCUUUUGCUUGGGUCUCCAAUGCAAACCAAGCCACCCAGCUAUGUCUACAAGUGCUGCACCCCAUUCACAAUCAUUUCUUGAAGGGUAUCUUGUCUGAUAACACACAGAUUGCUUUCAAUGUGACUUCACUAUACAACAUCUCUGAUUUUUACCAUGCUUUACACCUCUAUGUGACCUGCAAUGGUUGCAUACUCCCUGGCCAAUUAUCGUCCAAUACAUGGAUGAAGUUUCACAUCCAGUUGCAUUCCACAUUCCAUGCUUGUAGAAUCAUGCCAAGUCAACAGAUUCACGCUGAGCCACCUUCCAGUAAUUUCCCUUGGGGGAACUGUGAUGUUGUAUUAUUUAACCAGCAGGUCGAUGGUGGUAACAAUGAUGCAUCUGGACCAACUCUCCCCAAAGGCUCCCGUGUGCAGGUCACUGAGUGCUUGUCUCAGCCACUGGUAUAUAUCCAACUUUUUGACUUUGUUGUGCCUGGCUCCAAGCCAUCUACAGGCAUGUGGAUGGUCAGGCGAUCAUAUACUCAACACCCUUCACAGUUGGAGGACAUUAUGCACACAGUGGAGAUUAUACCUGUCUAUCAAGGACCAUUGGGUAAAGAUGUGAAUUCUGGGAACUCACUGGAGGUGUUCAACGAGUAUUUCUUGAACAAUUUCACAGACAAAGAAUUGUACCACUCACUCUCGGUGAUCUCAGACAACUAG